AUGGAUGAGCAACAAAAUGAGAGGUACAUAACAAUAGGGCCUCCACAAUUACCGCCUCUUGUGCGUGGUCAAAAAAUUAAAAGUGGACCAUACACAAUUACUGUCACUGAUGAAAUGGUUCGACAGCGUGAAAGGGAAAAUGAUGAAUUAUAUAGGCGAUGGAUGGAGGAACAAGAAAGACAACUAGCUGCAGAUAACGAAAGUGACACUUAUGCCGGUGAAUUUAAACGUGCCUCUGUCCGGAGGAAAUUUAUCAGAAAAGUUUUUUUUAUUUUAUGUAUGCAAUUGCUAUUCACGGCAAUUUUUAUAGGACUCUUUGUGUUCAUAGACGAAUUUCAAAUAUUCAUGAUACAACAUUGGUACCUGUGGAUCAUAGCAUUGUUAGGAUUCUUAAUAUCAUAUUGUUCAAUAAGCUGCUCCCAAAAAGCUCGACGAACAUCUCCUUGCAAUAUUAUAUUACUCAUUAUAUUGACCAUAUCGAUGUCAUACUUAGGAGCAGUGGCUUCAGUACGCUACACAACUGAAAUUGUAUUUUUAGCGGCUGUUAUGACUGCAAUCGUCACAUUGUUAAUAACAAUAGUGGCAACAUGUACUUCGUUUGAUCUGACAAAACAUACAGGAUUUCUUUUCAUCAUUUCAAUGGUCUUACUGGCUGGCAUUAUCGUCGUAUCAAUUGUUACCUAUUUUACAAACAUCAGGUUGCUACAAAUAGGAAUUGCCCUGCUUGGAACACUGGCAUUAGCAUUGUAUUUAUUCUUCGACAUUCAAGUACUUAUGGGAGGUCGAAAAAUAGAACUGGAACCAGAAGAAGUCGUUUUUGCUACUACACAAAUUUAUGUUGAUAUCGUUUUGUUGUAUCAAUAUAUUUUAAUGUUUAUUGGUGGAGUAUCCGAAUAAA